UCUACCUCCUUCUUCCUCUUCCUAUCGAACGACACCAAAUGUCUUAAAAAAUGAAGAAACAGAGACUCCAUAGGACAAGCAGAGCACUAAGGGGAGGAGGAUGGGUGGGAUCAUACCUAUUUCCCUCCAUUCCCUAACCACUCUUCUCUCCUUCUUCUUCCUCUUCCUCACUUCCUUCCCUGCUAAAUCCUCCUCUGCUGAUACAAUCAACUCCUCCGAAUCCCUCACCACGGGCCAGACCCUCGUGUCGUCAAACGAUGUCUUCCAAUUGGGAUUCUUCACGCUCGACAACUCGAACUGGUUUCUCGGGAUCUGGUACAAGAACAUCCCCGAUAAAACCUACGUGUGGGUCGCGAACCGGGAGAGGCCCCUGAAGAAUUCGUCCUCCGGGGUCCUCAGGAUAGGGGUUGGGGGGAACCUCGUGAUUCAAGAAGAUGGGGAGGGGUCGACCUCUGCGGGGUCCCUUUUGUGGUCGACCAACCGGACAGCGGCUGCCAAUCCGAUCAAUCCAGUCGCGAAGCUCCUGAACAGUGGGAACCUGGUUGUCCGAGAAGCCAGCGAUGAGCAGAACUUCCUUUGGCAAAGCUUCGACUUCCCGACCGAUACCCUCUUGCCGGAUAUGAAACUAGGAUGGGAUCUAAAUUCUGGGCUAAACAGGUACAUAACUUCUUGGAAGAGCAAAACUGAUCCAUCGACUGGGGGAUAUUCCUUCAAGCUCAAUUUCCACGGAUUCCCAGAGGUUUUCCUGGAAAAUGGACAGCACAUGCGGAUAUACCGGAGUGGGCCAUGGAACGGGCUAAGGUUCAGCGGCGUACCGGAAAUGAAAUCCACUGCAGACAUGAAUUUCACCUUCAUCUUCGACCAGAAUGAAGUCUACUACUCCUACCAUGUGAGCGACUCGAGCCUGAUCUCGAGACUCACCGUGAACUCAACCGGUUCUCUCCAGAGAAUGACCUGGAUCGAGGACAGCAAGUCCUGGAGCUUGUUUUGGUAUGCUCCCAAGGAUCAGUGCGACGAUUACCGGGAGUGUGGUCCGUAUGGGAUUUGUGACACGAAUGCCUCGCCGGUGUGCAACUGCACAUGGGGGUUUAAGCCCAAGAACCAGCAGGCUUGGAACCUCCGGGAUGGGUCUGACGGAUGUGUCCGACAGACCAGCCUUGACUGCUCGACUGACGGGUUCCUACCACUAAAGGGGAUGAAGUUGCCCGACAGCACAAAUGCAUAUGUGGAUAAGACGAUGAACCUGAAAGAAUGCCAACAAGCCUGUGCGAAGAACUGCUCGUGCACGGCCUUCUCGAGUGCGAACAUCAGCGACAGAGGGACCGGGUGUGUGAUGUGGACCGACGAGCUGCUCGACAUGAGGCACUAUGUGGAGGGUGGGCAGGAUAUGUACGUGCGAUUGGCUGCUUCUGACAUCGCCGCUUAUGGAGGUAUUGCCUCACUAAACGAUUCAAAAAAAUCACCUGCACCAGCUCUUGUUGCGGGAGUUUCAGUUGCCAGCGGAGUUUUGCUUCUAGGACUAACAGCCUGUCUCAUAUGGAAGCGGAAAAGACUCCAAAGUAUGCUCGGAGGGAAAACUCAGCAAAGAGGAAUCCAAGAGAGAAGCCAAGAUUUGCUGAUGAAUGAGGCAGUCAUUACUAGUAAGAGAGAGUAUUCUGGCGAAACUAACCCCGAUGAGCUCGAUUUACCACUAUUUGAUUUCAACACUGUAGCUCAGGCAACCAAUAACUUCUCUGAGAAGAAUAAGCUCGGGCAGGGCGGUUUUGGUUGUGUUUAUAAGGGUAUGUUGGAUGAAGGUCUCGCAAUAGCAGUGAAGAGACUAUCAAAGAAUUCUGGGCAAGGGAUCGAAGAGUUCAAGAAUGAGGUUAGGUUGAUAGCGAGGCUUCAGCACAUAAACCUUGUGAGACUUCUCGGAUGUUGCAUUGAGAUGGAUGAGAAGAUGCUAGUCUACGAGUUUAUGGAACACAAGAGUCUUGAUUCCGUACUAUUCGAUAAGUCGAAGAGCUCGAUACUAAAUUGGCCAAGGCGUUUCAAUAUUAUAUGUGGGAUAGCUCGGGGGCUUCUUUAUCUUCACCAGGAUUCGAGAUUCAGAAUCAUCCACAGGGAUCUGAAAGCGAGCAACAUUCUGCUCGAUGGAGAGUUGAAUCCUAAAAUAUCAGACUUUGGCAUGGCACGAAUCUUUGGCCGAGAUCAGGUUGAUGCAAAUACAAGGAGAGUGGUGGGAACAUACGGAUAUAUGGCACCCGAAUAUGCAAUGGAUGGGCUCUUCUCAGUAAAGUCUGACGUCUUCAGCUUUGGUGUCUUAGUGUUGGAGAUCGUAAGCGGGAAAAAGAACAGGGGAUUUUACUAUGCAAACAACGAGCUAAACCUUCUUGGUCAUGCAUGGAAGUUAUGGAAGGAAAGAAAGGCAAUGGAAGUGCUAGAUCCAUCAGUCGGGGUCUCAUAUUCCUCUCAAGAAGUGCUUAGAUGCAUCCAGGUUGGACUUUUGUGUGUCCAAGAACAUGCAGAAGACCGGCCCAUAAUGUCUAAUGUUGUGUUGAUGCUGGGAAGUGAGACCGCCACAAUGCCUCAGCCCAAAAACCCGGGCUUUUGUCUUGGAAGGAAUGUAGAUACAAGUUCAUCUUCGAGCAAGCAGGACGAAUCAUUUACUGUGAACCAUGUCACGGUUACAAUGCUUCGCGGAAGGUAGUCCAGAUAGUCAUGUGCUUGGCACGGAAUUUUACCAGGAGGAUACUGCCCUGUUGAGCGAGGCUUCAGUGAUUCAUUGUUUAUAUGUAAAACCAUUCCUUUUUCUCUAGUUUUCGUUUUUCCUCUCUUACAGCAAAAUUUUGUGACGGCUUUGAGAUUGAAGAAAAGUUCAAAGUAGUUCUUUCACAUUAUAUGAAUACAGUUCAUUAAACUGGCAUAACUAUCUUAGAGUGGUCUCUAUUCGAAACAGAAGCAUUUCCGAGUUGCAACCGUAAGUGCUGUAGAUAACUGUUUGGGAGUGUUGCCUAAGUAGUUCACAUGUAGCUCUGCCAAGGAAUCUUUGGGAUUAAUGAA